UGGGGUGUCAUUCAGACCGACAUGGCUUCAGGAGCUGCUGUAUCUUAAAGCAAGGAGCAGUUAGGAAAUACAUUUUAAACCGAACCGGUAAGACCACUGACUGCGUAGGUGGAUCUUGUGCCGAGCUUUGUGUGUCCUGCACAUGUAGUAGACUAUCCAGACGCGCAGCCUGAAGGCUGCACUGCACUGCAACAAUGCCAGAGUCCUCCCUGGUCAAGGACAUCGGCAACAGCUCAGUUGAAUGUAGUCCAUCUCCCUUGAGACUUGUUAGCCAAUCAUCGCUGCACAGAAACUACAUGCUCAGUGCCUUCUGCACAGAGCACAACGUGCAGAAAUGUCUCUCACACAUCAAUCAGGAGGUGUCAUCUCUUGGCCUCCCACCAGUUUGGACCGAGUUGAGCGGUAGCUCAGAGAUGAAUGUUGUGGCUGUGCUAAAUUGCAUGUAUGACCUGAUUCAGCUGCACCACAGGGGCCUCCGGACCCUAGAAAACAUGGAAGUGGAGCAUCUUAAGUCCAGCAGCAAUGUGGACUUCCUGCAGCUCACCGGCACCCAAUUAAAAGAGCAGCUUGAACUGUCCAAAAGAGAAAACACGGGACUCCUUGAGAGAGAACGACAGCUGCAGCUGAAAGUGAAGAGUUUGCAAAACUACCUGAAAAAUGAAAAAGAAGAGAUGCAGAAACUUCAGAACAUAAUUGCAAGCCGAGCCAGCCAGUACAACCAUGAGAUGAAAAGGAAGGAAAGAGAAUUCAACAAACUGAAAGAGCGCUUGAAUCAACUUCUGGUUGACAAAAAGGAGAAGAAACAAGCCAUUGAUGUAUUAAACAGCAUUGGAAGAGCUGAUGGGAAGAGAAGCCUUUGGAAAACUGAAAAGACAGAAGCAAAGCAUGAGGGGGAGAUGUACAAGACUCUGCUGAGCGACUAUGACACCCGACAAAGGGAGUUGCUGCUGGAAAAUGCAGAGUUGAAGAAAGUGUUGCAGCAGAUGAAAAAAGACAUGGAGUCCAUUCUGAGUUCAAGGAAAACAGCGCUGAAAGACAACAAACAUCAAGAUGAUGGCAUACAGGCUGUCUCAGAGGAGGAAGAGGAAGUGCUUGAUUCCAGUAAAGAAAGUUUUGAGCUGUAUUGCGUUCACGCCCGGGAGGAGCUGACUAACAGUAUUCGUCUCCAGUGGAGAAGACUUAAGAGCCAUGUUGAAAGAUUGGACAGCCAAGCGUCUUUAACUCAGAUGGGCGAGAGCAAAAACACUGAUGCUGUUUCCCGGGAGACUCAUGAGGAGGAGAUGGACAGACUGAAGCUGGAGAUCCAGCAGUGCAAAGACUUCAUUCAAACACAACAGCAGCUUCUGCAGCAGCAGCUGAGCUCUCCGUGUGAUGAGGAGACUGCGUCCCUGCUGAGUGACUGCUACAUGCUGCAGGAGAAAGAGCGGUUCAGAGAGGAGUGGAAGACCCUCGAGGAACAGAGGAAAGUCUUUGAGAGGGAGAGGAGAAACUGCACUGAAGCAGCUAUUAGACUUAGCCAUGAGAGGAAGGCCUUCGAGGACGAUCGAGCAAUGUGGCUCAAACACCAGUUUUUAAACUUGAGUCCAUUCGCUGAGUCAAAGAAACCCCAGUUGUCAAAAUCUAAAAGUGCCUUUUUAAUAUCUAAAACAGAGGGGACUGCAGUGUCGGCUCCAGAAAAGCUGAUCAAAUGCGGGUCUGGCACAACCUCCCCUGUACCCAGAUGUGUCCCACUCACGUCCCCACCAACAGACGACAUGUAUCGCACACUUUGCCUUAUCCCGGAAAACAGAUCAACCAAACCAAAGAGAAAGGUUGAACAUGUUAAAGAAUCAAGCGUCUUUUUUAAUGGAAAUGUUCCAGUUCAGCGUAAACAGUGGAACGACAGUGAAGACCACAGCAGCCACACACUCACAAAGGAAAAGACCAGCUCUAUAUAAAGCCAAAAACUUUCAGAAUUCUUGUUUGUGUCUAUUGAUUAUGGUUGAUUUGUGGUAUUUCAGAAACACACCUGAAUUGUGAAUGUCAAACACUCGACUGGGAAAUGUUUAAAUAGCUGUGAACACUCGAAGCCAAACAAGAGUUCUGGUUAGCUGCUGGUUUUCUGAGGGAAAAUGUAAUUGUUUCUUUUUUUACUAUCUUACUGUUUUGUUUUUAAAAUGUCAUAACUGUAUUUAUUUAUUAAUUGGCUGUCAUAUCUUAUAUGUAGGAUCUUAGUCCAAGGAUAGUAUUCUUUCACAAAAGAUAAAGUGAUGCUUGGCCCUCGUUAAUGGUCGCUGUUGUUCUUGUCUAAAUGUUUCUGUUCAUAUCACAACUUUUCAACUUCUGUCAUCAUGUUAAACUUGUCGACUGGCACGAUGUUUUAGAAUGUAGAUUUGUGCUGCUGUUUCACUGAAUGCAAUAAGAAACUGGUUAAAAUAUGAAGUAUUUUUCUAUAUUUUGAUAUAGAAAUGUGGUUGACAACAUUGUUUUCUAGUAAAUGUUACAGAUAUAGUAGUGGCAGGUAUUUACUGACAGGGUUACUUAAGGCUUUAAAAAAUUAGAUAAAUGACAUAGUCAUCAGACCACUCUGAUGACUAUAUGAAUGUAAAUCCUUCUCACCAUUUUCUUUUCAAUUUGUGUUUAUUUUAGUAGCUUUAUAUUGACAGAUGAAAACAAUUCUUACAAUAUGAAUGUGACAUGAUUUAUUCUAGACAAUCUUAUAUUCUUGAAACAUUAUACAAUGUUCAAACACAAGUUUCUUGUCUUUCUUGGAAUGUGCAGAGGAGUAGUAUGACAGAACAAGGUUAAAUCACCGUUAUAAGUUCAGCAGGGCAGACAGUCAUCUCAACACAGUGUUUUGAAAUCAUGGUACCAUAGACCAAGGAAGACGAUCUCACGCAGAACUGGGUUC